AUGUCUUUGAGAGCAACUAGCAACAUACACUACAAAAAAAACACAAACAGAUUAUGUCUUCAAGCCCUUCUUUCUUCAUUACUAGCAAAAAAAGCUAUUUACUUAUGCAGGCUACGAGAAAAUCAUAUUAGAGCUGCCUCAGCAACUAUAUUAACAUAUGGAUCAUACAGCCUUGCUGUUUAUAAUGUAGAAAAUGAUAUUGAUGCUCUGUGUGCGGGCCCUUGGUUUGCUUAUUUAACAGAGGUGGGAUAAAUUUGUGGAUUCAUACAAUGUCAUGUGCUUUUUUAAUGGUGACAAAUUAUUGGAUUCAGGGUCAUGCUUUUUACCAAACCGGUUCUUUACCUUGAAGAAAAACUCAAGAUUGGAAAUUAAAUAAAGUUUGAGCUCAUUCAAGUUUCAUGUUUCUUCCUCAACUAGUAUUUAGUUCGAUAGUAAUAUGUUUUGAGCCCUAGCACCAUA